AUGACGACUUUGCUUGUUUUUCUGUGGUCGACGCCGUUCUUGUGGGCGUUGGCUCGCGCUGAGGGAAUCCGCUACGAGCCUGUGAAAGCCGCAGAGCAGAGUAUUGCAGACGAAUGCACGAGCAACCUGACCCAACAGGACAAGUACACUGUGUCGCUCAUUCGGUACAGCAUUGGAGCCGUCACUAUCGUGGAAACGGACGCCCCCAACACUGAUCCUUACGUCGAAGAUUGCUCCACAGUAAGCAUCAGUAGCAACUCUUCUAAUGACAGCAGCAUCAGAAGAAUAGUGCGAUUGGAUUCACAGAACACUUGCCACGACGUCCUAUUUGUAGUCGCCGGCAGCGACGACCCUGUAGUGUGCGGAUACGACCCAAUAUUUGCUGGACCUUCCAUAGACUACCAGCCUCGUACGGAACACGAAGAAGAGAUCGAGACACGCUGCAAGCAAUUCUUGCCCCAUCCGCACGGAUACAGGCCCACUCUAGUGAAGUACGAGUCAAACCCAAAAGGAGCAUUUCCCGGCUACAAUCAGUGGAACGUUACGUACCCCAACAGCGAGGAUUCUUUCCGUGAAGACUGCUCGCUUCUGUCCGACUCUUCAGCUGCGCCUCCAGAGCCACCCGCUGAAACGAGACCAGUUAUUUUCAUCACUCAGUCAUGUCACGACGUUUUGUUCUUUGAGAAUGGAACAAAUCCAGUAGUUUGUCUGUAUGUCCACACUUUUGAGGUGGUAUAUGGAGGACAAGGUGAUGUGUACAAGCCAACUACACCACCGGAGCAAAAAUUUGACACUGAAUGCAAGAAAAACUUAGUAGACAGGUACACUGUCUCUCUCAGGAAAUACACACUGAGCAACGACAACCAAAGAGCUUCGAUUCAUAAGACGGACACACCCAAUUCGAACACCUUUGCUGAGGACUGCACCUCUGUUGGAAUUAGGAAUUUCACUUCAGGUGCCUUCAGAGACAUCCUCUAUUUGGUAAACGGGACAGAUGUGACUUGCCAUGAUGUUCUAUUCCUAUACAAUGGAACCGACCCAGUUGUCUGCUACUAUGAGGCUAAAGUAGCUGGACCCAUGAUAAACUACGAACCUCGCACAGACGAAGAACGCGGGAUUGAGAGACAGUGCAAGCAAAACUUGCCCCAUCCGUCAAACACUUUCGUCGCUUUAGUAGAGUAUGAGUCAAACCCCGAACAAGCCUUUCCUGGUUAUAUCCAAUGGGAAGUUACAUACCCCGACACUGUGGAUUCUUACAGGGAAAAUUGCACGAUUCUGUACGCCUUUUUGACUGAGGGUCCGGAUCAGUUUGUCAACGAAACCCGACCUGUGAUACUCAUCAGUGAGUCUGACACGUGUCAUGACGUUCUGUUCUUCACCAACGAGACCAACCCUGUCGUUUGCCUCUUUAUAAUUAAUCCAGAAGUCGUGUUUGAAGUGCACAAAGAUGCAUCCAUCAUCGUCCUGUUCUUUACCUCUCUCUCUAUCGUUGCUAGCAUUGUUCUACUGGUGACCCACCUGAUUUUCCCGUCACUUCAGACCAACCCGAGCAGAGUCAUCAUGAAUCUUUCCACGGCGUUCUUGUUGGGGGACAUAUUCUACAUAGUCCAGACUUCACUCACUCUUGAUGAUCCAAGUCAAUCGUCCGUUAUUGACCCAAUAGUAAUCGUGGCUUAUUAUUUCUUCUACGCUCGAUUCGUCUGGAUGGCUUUGGCGGGAUUUGAGAUGUGCCGAACGAUUCACGUCGGGACUCAACUGAGAUUCAACUCGGCAAGCAAACGGUUGAAAAUUCUCAUAAUUUACAUGGUAACGGGCUGGAGCCUUCCCCUUGUUCCAACAAUAAUAAUGGCCGUGGUUCACUUUGAAGAGCUGGAGAAAGAAGAUCCCGGGAAACCAUCACUGUUUGGUAUAGGUGGUCUCCUUGUUGUGCUCGUUCCAGUGAUAAUCAUAUUGUUCUUCAACGUCGGAAUAGUCGUGUAUCUCUCCUACAUUCUUCACAAGGCUCAUCAGUGGCAGAUCAAAGUGACAGACGCCAUCAAAUCGCACAGACGGAAGACAAAUUUCUCGCGGAUUUUCGUCAUCAUCCUCACACUGCUGGGUGUGACUUGGAUCCUAUUCUUCCUCAUCUACAUUGACGGAAUCAACCAGAGCGACGCUGUUCAAAUCACCACAGCAGUUUUGAACUCACUCCAGCCGAUAGUUGUGUCCAUUGCCUUUUUAGGAACAAAGAAAAUCUUCCGAAAAUACAAGAACUUGGUCUCCACCAAGAAAGACGAAGAACCCUCUGAUAUUUCGGUUCUUCAAAAUCGUUUCCGUCGCAGCAACCGUCGACUCAUGUCAUUCCUCUUCACGGACAAGGAACUGGCCGAAGCGGUUUCGAAGCAUUCGCAUCGUCCGCACCGGUUCGGUUGGCGAAGUCGGACCAAUUCCGAGCUCAGCGCCACGUCGUUUUCAAUGUUCUCUCGUGAUUCCUCGCAGAGUCUCGUUUCGUCGCCUCCCGCACUGAACGGCAUAUCCACACCUCCCAAAGAACCUCCCAGCCUUGCUCCCAUAUGCGAAGAAGCUGAAGAACCCGAAGCACAAGAUUCUCCAAGUCAUGUGACAGUUGAUUUACAAGACAGCAAUUUAUAG